AUGGACCUGAGCUUCGCUGCCAAGCACGCGGAGGCCGAAUGGGAUGAUGACGGGCGAGAAGAACCAAGCGGAACCCCUGUGGCCAGUGCGGCCGGGGCCGGCAACUCGCCGCCAGCACCAAGCAAAACAGCAUUCACAGGUUCGCGGCCGCCUUCCAAGAUCCAUAGCAAUCCGGGAACAAGGUAUUUCGUCAUCAAGAGCAGCAGCCACAAGAACCUUGUCCUCUCCAUCGAGCACAAGGUGUGGGCCACCCCGUCGCGGCAGAACCAAGAGAAGCUGAACGAGGCCUUCCGAACCGCGCCCCACGUGAUCCUCCUCUUCUCUGUCAACGGUUCCGGCUGCUUCCAGGGCUACGCCAAGAUGCUGGGCCCUGUGGGCCAGGUAUCCACCCACGUCUUCGAGGGCUUCGGGCGCAGCUUCGAGGUGCGAUGGCUGCGUUUGGACGACUUGGACUUCUCCGAGGUCACGGAUAUCCUGAACCCUUGGAACGAGAACCGCUCAGUCAAGGUCUCCAGAGAUGGCCAGGAGCUGCCGAACGCCGUUGGUCGCCAGGUCUGCGAGCUCGUCGACCACCGCGUCUUCACGGCCGAGCCAGCAGGCUACAUCGACGAUAGCCAAGAGGUGGAGACAGCUACAUCCCCCGCGCCUGCCUCCGCUGCUCCCACGCCUGUCCAUGCCCCUGCCCCGCCCGCCCCCAGUCCAACUCCACCUCCACACUCCCCACAUGCUCCACACCUUCCCCCGCACCUUGCCCCACACCCGGCCCCACACCCGGCUCCACACCCUGCCCCACACCCCGCCCACCCUGGUCUCCGACACCUUGCAGCACCCAUGCCCCAUCCUUGGGGUCCCGCGCCGCACGCGUGGUGGCCCUGGGGUUUCCAUCAAGCACCACGCGCGCCAGAGCCAUCCAGGUCUUCUUCGAGCGACAGUGGGAGGCGACGGAGGCAUUCCAGGAAGGCAAAAGAGCACAAAGACCACGAAGGAGGCAGUCGGGGCACAGGGCGGAAGAGGAGGAGAAGGGAAGCGCCAGAGGUGCGCAGCCCGACGGGAGAACUUGCAGGACAGCAGCACCAACAGGAGGUGCGGCGUCCCACGGUGCCGCCCAGCAGCUGGGCCGGUGCUGCGCCGCCUACGCACCGGGCCUCCAAGGCUGUUAGCCGCUCGGGUGCGCCGCCUGCAGCCUGGCUUGGGGCCUCCCCGCUUGAGAGCACGGCAUGA